GAACACUAAAACUCAGACAAAAGCUCGCUUUUCAUUCUCUGGAAUCCGUCUCAUUCCGUUUCUUACUUGUUCAUCGCCCCCUUCUGAAAAAAUAAAGCAUCCCCUUUUUACCAAAGACCGUUGAUGUUUCUCUUUAUCUGUUACUCAAUUCAUUCAGAUUCUCAUCUAGAUGAUUUCAGUUACCAAGUUUACACAGAGAAGUUCGUGAAUUUAAUCAAACAACGUUGACCCACAAUCGAAACCCAUACCAUGAAUCCAGAAUUUGCGACCUAAGAGCUCCAGAAUCAGAUCAAAUCCCUGGUGUAAAACAAUUCAGGCGGCGAAUUCCACAAGAACCGAAUAGCAAGGAAUGUUAAAUUUUCGUCCUUCACGUACUCGGCAAAAGAGCGGCAAUCGGAGCAGAGAUGAACGUGGUCGUCAUCAUCAUUGUUGCCGAUAACCGGAACUGGUCGAGUCCGGUUUGUCAUCUGGACCAGACCGGACCGGUUAUGGUGGAGGACUGGGAAAUUAUGGGCCGUGUAAAGAGAAAAACCGGGAAGCCUAAAUCUGAACCGCGAGGUCAAACCCGUUUGCUUCCUUGGGGCUUCGAAAGAGCAGAUAAACCCUAAAACCCUAACAUCGGAAUUACGCGCAUCAGACGGGGAGAGAGAGAGAUGGAUCACAUAGCAGCGGUGGAGGAGCAAAUCGUAUCGGAGAGGCUUAGAAGAAAACUGGAGGAAGUGAAUGCGGCUGCUCAGUCUCAGCUCUCUCCUGUCCAAGAUCAUAUCAAUUUCACUCUUCAGCAAGCUUACUUCAAAUGCGCAUACGAGUGCUUUGACGGGAGAAGGAAGCAAGAAGAGAUAAGUAAUUGCGUCGAGCAUUGCAGUGUUCCUGUUGUCAAUGCGCAACACCAUUUCGAGAACGAAAUGGCCAAGUUUCAGGAAAGAUUGAACAGAUCACUCGUGGUAUGUCAAGAUAAGUUUGAGGCCUCCAAGCUCCAAAAGAUAAGGACCGAUGCUGUGAACGAAAUGGAGGCUUGUGUCCAUCAAUCCAUCGAUGAGAAUCUCAAAACACUUCCGCACCUUGUCCAGAGAAUGAAAACCGCUUUUUCCAUUGGCGGGUAAACCCCAUGGGAGAAGCUAUACUGCCAUACCUGCAGUUGAGCCUAUUAGUUAUUAUUGAAGUAUUAACAUUCUGUUAGGAAGUUGUUAGUCGGUUAUUUAACGAUGUCUUGUAUAUAAACUGAAUAACCGGCUAACAACUUCCUAACAGAAUGUUAAUACUUCAAUAGUUAUCUAUGCGAUUAAACUGCUUUUGCUGAGAAACUCUCCAUUGUAUAUUGGAAACCUCCAAACGACGGGCACUGAUUGAUGAGAGAAUGUUACUUUCUUUGAUAA